UCCCUGAUUUUGGACCCUGUUCCGCGGCCACUGCUCCCCACAAGUCAUAUCCCAGCAACAUUCUGAUGCACGAGUUGCCCCAGACGUGUAAACGUGGAGAUCGUAUAUCCGUAUUGUUGCUGCUAUAGUCGACAACUAUAAUCCCGAGGCAAUAUCACAAACAACGAUUCAGGCUUGCCACUCACAAAACUACCCUUCAAGGGUCUGCCUUCUAUCCUAUACGCCGUGGGGCUGAAAAGGAAGAGCUCUGCGGUUGCAAUUCAGCACAUCGCCCACCACAAGAGCUUUGUCAGGUAGCCGCCCGCUUGUACAAUGGCAACUCUUAAGAUCGCAAAGCGUGAACUGCGCCAGCAGAUACGCAAAACCCUCUCCUCACUAUCUCCGGAAUCUGUUACGAGUCAAUCCGGUAACGUCUUCAACACGCUCACCCAGUUGCCCGAAUACAAAUCAGCCAAACGGAUCGGUAUCUAUCUUUCCAUGCCCAGUGGUGAAAUUGACACUGCACCAAUAGUACUUGACGCUUUGCAAGCGGGAAAGACCGUCUUCGUCCCAUAUACGUAUAACCACACGGCACAAAGUGGGCAGACAGUAUCUUUAAUGGACAUGCUUUCAUUACACUCCCUCACAGAUUACCAGUCACUUCAGCCAGACAACUGGGGUAUUCCGACCCCUUCGAAAGACUCAAUAGCGGGACGACAAAACUGUCUUGGAGAUUUAGGAAGGCUGCCUGCAGAUCGGGUUGGAAUUGAACAAGGAAAGGGAGGUUUGGAUUUCCUAGUUAUGCCAGGAAUGGCCUUUGAUACGAAAUUGGGCCGCUUAGGGCAUGGAAAAGGAUUCUAUGACAUGUUCUUACAAAAAAUGAAUGAGAACCAAAAGUCCAAGCUUGGAGAAAAUGCGAAGAUGCCAUUACUGAUCGGCCUAUCCCUCAAGGAACAACUGCUGCCCGAGGAACAGGAAGUGCCGAAAGACUCGACUGACUGGCUCCUAGAUGGCCUGAUUGUCGGUGACGGGAGAGUUCUUGGACCACGUGAACAUUGAUUUUCUGAGAAAAUUUCUUUCAAAGUAAUGGCCGACCAGCAAAAAGACCUUUUUCAAGCGCCCGAACGCAGAAUAUGUCAUCCAAUUAAUCCACCUGGACCCGUGAGAAAGAAGAAAAAUAUUGCGAAAUUCUAGCCUUGUAGACUUUGGAUUAAAGAAACAUUAUCGCCCU